AUGAACUGUGUUUGUCGCCUGGUCCUGGUGGUGCUGAGCCUCUGGCCAGAUAGAGCCGUUGCCCCCGGGCCACCAUCCAGCUCCCUUCGAGACCCUCGUGCAGAUCUGGACAGCGCUGUCCUCCUGACCCGAUCUCUUCUGGCGGACACUCGGCAACUAGCUGCACAGAUGAGAGACAAAUUCCCAGCUGACGGGGACCACAAUCUAGACUCCCUACCUACCUUGGCCAUGAGCGCUGGGACAUUGGGAUCUUUGCAGCUUCCAGGUGUGCUGACAAGGCUUCGCGUAGACUUGAUGUCCUAUCUCCGGCAUGUACAAUGGCUGCGCCGAGCAGGCGGUCCUUCCUUAAAGACUCUGGAGCCAGAGCUGGGUGCCCUGCAAGCCCGGCUGGACCGGCUACUUCGUCGGCUACAGCUUUUGACAUCUCGCCUGGCCUUGCCCCAGGCAACCCCAGACCAACCUUUGGUCCCCCUGGGCCCUCCUGCCUCAGCCUGGGGAAGCAUCCGGGCUGCUCACGCCAUCUUAGGAGGCUUGCACCUGACCUUGGACUGGGCCGUGAGGGGUCUGCUCUUGUUAAAGACUCGGCUGUGACUCAGGACUGAAAGCCACCAUCGACCGUCCUUUAAAGCCAGAUCUUAUUUAUUUAUUUAUUUUGGUACUUGGAUUGGGGGGGGGGGACGGCAUGAUGAUUAGGGGUAUGCCACACCCCAAACA